GUUGCCGGAGAAUUGUCAUGCCGCUCAAAAAUUGUUUAGAAAUGUUAUAGGUCUUAUAAUUAGUGUUAUCAAGGCGCAGAUUUAGGCAAAUUUCAAGAAUGGCUGCGAAACGUAAAGCCGAUGUCAUAGUGCCUGCAGAAGAGAGCGACCAGCUACUCAUAAGACCUCUUGGCGCGGGGCAAGAAGUUGGCAGAUCAUGUAUUAUUUUGGAAUUCAAGGGGCGCAAGAUUAUGCUGGACUGUGGCAUCCAUCCUGGCUUGGAAGGCAUGGAUGCCCUGCCGUAUAUCGAUUUGAUUGAUCCGGCCGAGAUUGAUUUGCUUCUCAUCAGCCAUUUUCACUUGGAUCACUGCGGGGCAUUGCCAUGGUUCUUACAAAAGACCAGUUUUAAAGGAAGGACUUUUAUGACCCAUGCCACCAAAGCCAUCUACCGCUGGCUGCUGUCAGAUUAUGUCAAAGUCAGUAACAUCUCUGCUGAUGAUAUGCUGUACACGGAGACUGACUUGGAGGAGAGCAUGGACAAGAUCGAGACCAUCAACUUCCACGAGGUGAAGGAGGUGGCCGGCAUUAAGUUCUGGUGUUACCACGCCGGCCACGUCCUGGGAGCGGCCAUGUUCAUGAUCGAGAUCGCUGGUGUGAAGCUGCUGUACACGGGAGACUUCUCUCGGCAGGAGGAUCGCCAUCUCAUGGCAGCCGAGAUCCCCAGCGUGAGGCCGGACAUUCUCAUCACGGAGUCGACGUACGGCACACACAUCCACGAGAAGAGGGAGGAGAGGGAGGCUCGCUUCUGCAACACGGUGCACGACAUCGUCAACAGAGAAGGCCGCUGCCUCAUCCCCGUCUUCGCCCUGGGGCGAGCCCAGGAGCUCCUGCUCAUCCUGGAUGAGUACUGGCAGAACCACCCCGAGCUGCACGACAUCCCCAUCUACUACGCCUCCUCGCUGGCCAAGAAGUGCAUGGCCGUCUACCAGACCUACGUCAACGCCAUGAACGACAAGAUCCGCAAGGCCAUCAACAUCAACAACCCCUUUGUCUUCAAGCACAUCAGCAACCUGAAGAGCAUGGAUCACUUUGAUGACAUUGGCCCCAGCGUAGUGAUGGCCUCCCCCGGUAUGAUGCAGAGUGGUCUCUCCCGGGAGCUGUUCGAGAGCUGGUGCACCGACAAGAGGAACGGCGUCAUCAUUGCCGGCUACUGUGUGGAGGGGACACUGGCAAAGCACAUCAUGUCUGAGCCAGAGGAGAUCACCACCAUGUCUGGCCAGAAGCUGCAGCUGAAGAUGUCUGUGGACUACAUCUCCUUCUCCGCUCACACCGACUACCAGCAGACCAGCGAGUUCAUCAGGGCUCUCAAGCCCCCACACGUGAUCCUGGUGCACGGCGAGCAGAACGAGAUGGCUCGUCUGAAGGCGGCGCUGAUCCGGGAGUACGAGGACAACGACGAGGUCCACAUCGAGGUGCACAACCCCCGCAACACAGAGGCCGUCACCCUCAACUUCCGCGGAGAGAAGCUGGCCAAGGUGAUGGGUUCCCUGGCGGAUAAGAAGUGUAUGCAGGGCCAGCGCGUGUCUGGGAUCCUGGUCAAGCGCAACUUCAGCUAUCACAUCCUCGCCCCUUCAGACCUGUCCAACUACACAGAGCUGGCCAUGAGCACAGUGAAGCAGACCCAGGCCAUCCCCUUCACCGGGCCCUACUCCCUACUGGUCAACCAGCUACGCCACCUAGCAGGGGACGUGGAGGAGGUGGAGGGUACGGAGAAGACCACGCUGCGCAUCUUCAAGCACAUCUCUCUGUUCCACGAGGCCGGCAUGGUCACGCUGGAGUGGAUAGCCAACCCUCUGAAUGACAUGUACGCUGACGCCGUCACCACAGUAGUGCUGGAGGUGCAGUCCAAUCCCAAAGCCCAGAAAAUUAUGGACACCAAACCGGAUAUUCUCAACGUGCAUGAGUUCCAGAGGAGGCUGGAGGUUAUGUUCCAUGACAUGUUUGGAGAAGACUGUGUGGACUUCAAGGACCCUGGCAACUUGUCGGUGACGGUGGAUGGGAAGACGGCAUACAUAAACCUGGAGACCCGGACGGUGGAGUAUGAGGAGGGCAGUGCAGAUGACGAGACCAUCAAGGAGAUGGUGGAGGUGGCUGUGCAGAGGCUCUACGAUGCCAUGAGCCCCGCUAUAUGAAUGGACAUGAACACACACACACACACACACACACACACACACACACACACACACACACACACACACACACACACACACACACACACACACACACACACACACACACACAGGCUCUAAGAUGCUAUGUGAAUGGACAUCAUCACACUAAAACACACACAGUGUCCAGCGUCAUUGAAGGACAUGAACACACCCACAUACUUACACACAGACAGGGCUCUAAAUUAACACCAGCCAACUGGCCAAAUGCUGGUGACAUUUCAGUUAAGCUGGUAGAAAAGACCAACUUACUAGCCACUUUGACCCAUUAGUGAGUGUCUUUUGCUAGUAAGAAGAUUAAUACCUUCUAUGCAUUUUGGCUGGAGAUGGAAAAAAGUUCAUUCAGAGUCCUGCACACAGAUAUACGCAAGUACACUCUCUUGCAUGGUCUACGUAAAGACCUGAUGGAGAUAUAAACUCCACCUCCCUGGGACUUUGAAUUCAUUUGACAUAAAGAACCACAAAGAGUCGACGAAAUCAGUUCAGGGAUGCCUCUUCAGUUCAUCUCACUGUGUGUCUGUGGUCAUUUUGUAUUGGAGGACUUUUUUGAAGAAAACAAGAGAAUACAGGUCUUGUUGUUUCCUUUGUAAAGUUUUUUGUAUGUCGCUUCUGUUGGUGUGUGUGUGUGUGCGCGUGUAUGUGUGUGCGCCCUCACAUGUGAUUUCUAUGAAUAUGAUGUUCUCUGAAUGCAGAAACAUGAAAUGGAAGAUCAUUCCUACUUCGCAUAUGAAGAUACUGUUUUCUUUUUUAAUGUGUAGGUUAGCUAACACUGAAACUCUGAAAAGAAUGAUUAUUUUGGUGUAAUAAAUAUUUCAUUGUCUUUGGA